CGAAUAAUUCAAACGAAUUGCAAGCCUUGUUUGUUCAUCUACAUACCAAACAGUAAGCUAAUCCUCUUCGAGUUUCUGCAUUGCGCAUCCUCGAACAUUGCUCUGAUCUCCUUGAUCUCCAGAUCUCGCAACACUCUCCACACCUACCCAAUCUAUCCACCAUGGCUGGCGACAAGGCAACCACUGAUGGAUCUAUCACCACCCCGGAUGGUAUCGUCAUGACGAAGAGUGACGUCGAGUUCCUCAUUACCUGUAUCCAGAAUACCACCGGUGGUCAACUCCUCAUCGAUCAGGCUGGCGUUGCUAAUGCUUUGGGCAUGAAGAACGUCCGCUCCGUCGGAAACAAAGUAACCCUCAUGAAAAAGAAGUACGGCCUUCCUCUCGGUACCGGCUCUGGCAAGGCUUCUGGUGGUGAACCUUCUUCCCCUGCCGUCCCAAAGACUACGAAGUCCGACAAGAUCACCAAAAACACCCCCAAGAAGAAAGCCGCUACCUCUCCUAAGCAACUCAAGGCUAAGGCUGUCAAGGAGGAGUCUGAGGAGGAGGGAGAUGAUACUCAAGAGGUCGAGCAGGAGGAUGUUGGCGAGGGCGUUUCUGCUGCUGAAGAUGCUGAUGAGGAGCUCGAAGUUGAGGAGGCUUGAGUUCCAUAAUCAUCAAUAUUGAUGAUGCAACGACUUUCGACCUGGUUGGUGGUUUGAUCUUCUGAUUGUGGACAGUACUAGGAAAUCCAAGUAACUGCAACUGCAUAAUCUUCUUCUUGAAUGUGACCUCCUUAAUUGAAAGCCCCAAACUUUUUUCUUGACUUGAUCUAUACACCUAAUAUCAAGUCUAGACCAAUCCUGCACAAGGAUGCCCUCCUAAUGAGCCCGGUAUCUACAGCAGUGCAGCCAGCCUUCAGAAGUGCCUCGGAGAAAGCGAACGCCGGCCGUCGAAGCAC